AUAAAAGCUGAUGAAGAUAAAGACAUUUUGUUAAGUGGAAUUAUUUUCUUAAUUCGAUAGGAGCGCCAUGAAGAAUUCGUUGUUUAUCGCAGCUGUUGUGCUAUUUUGCACGCAGGUGCUUGAUGCCAUUCCUUGUACCACUUGUAAUAAUGGUGGUAUAAAGACAGUGACUACUACCAAAACUUUUACUCCUGUGACAUAUGUGGCAACGUCUGGAAACAAAUUCGGAACCAAUGUAAAUGGUGGACAGAACGUAGCCAAUUUUCAAACAACGUCAUCAAAUUCCAAUAUGGAAACGUUCAUAAAAAAUUUUGGACAAAAUGGAAAAACUGAAACCGUAUUUAACUGGAGUGCAGGUGGUAAAGGUGGCAAUGAUAACGAUUCUUCAAAUUCCGGUAUGGAAACGUUCAUAAAAAAUUUUGGAGAAAAUGGAAAAACUGUAACCGUAACUAACUGGAGUGCAGGUGGUAAAGGUGGCAAUGAUAACGAUUCUUCAAAUCCCGAUAUUGAAACGAUAAGAAAGAAUUUAAAUUUUGGACAAAAUUGGUAAAGGUGGAAAUGAUAACGAUAAUAAUGGCCAGCGUGGAAAUGG